CAAUAUAGUUCGAAUGCGGGCAUUCAUCAACCCAAUCAUCAUCAUCAUCUCGGUUCUUCAGAGCCACGUCUUCAUCGUUCAUCACUCAACCGUGGUCCGUCUGUGAACCGUAGUCAACAACAGAUUCCGUCUUCGCCCGCUCUCGUUCACGCCACUUCCAAGGCACAACGAGGAACAACAGGCAAGGCGCAGAAGCAUAACAGUCUUGUUAUGAAUUCUGGGGUGGAUGAUUUGAAUAAUCCCUAUCGUGGUGGUAUGAAUGGUGGUAAUAGUGGAAACGUGACUGGCGUUCAGGGAAAUAAUGUUGCAGAAUCAAACUCCCAUCGAAGACGAGGAAUUUGGCAAAAGUUCAUCGGC